AUGGAAGCCAGCUUAGUCGGUGAAACCAGCCAUGGCCAUGAUAACCUCAUCUGGCGUGCCGUGACCGACCUCUCCAACAUAACCAAGCUUCCCACGCUCCACAUUGGCCUGGACCACCGAGAAAGUAAAAGGAUUGACUCGGGAAUUGACAUCGUCGGCCUCGACAACGGGGAGGAUGGAGAUGUCCAUCUCGGUAGAACGGUACCAAGCGUCUUUGUAAUCAACAUUACGCAGGAAAACAGCAUUGGUGAUGUAAUAAUCAGGCAAAGCCCCCAGACGCUCUGCGGACAACGGAAUGUAUUCCCUGUUCAAAUAAACCACGGCGUGGUGCUGUUCAUCAAACUUCCACCCGAGACCGGCUUGAGCAAACGGAUUCGGCAGCUCAUUGAAAGGGUCAUCAGGCGAGCAGUCAUCAGAGAUGUUCUCAUACACUUUGCCGAAGUCGCCGAGGCAGAUGGCUGUUCCGCCACGGCGCACAAACUCCAGAAUUGGAUUCCAUACUUGCUUGUACUUGGGCAAAACGAUAGCCUCGCAGUUGACAAGGACCACGUCAUAGUCCAUUUGGAGAUCGAGUAUGGCGAGACUGGAGAUAUGGACUUCUCCGAAAAAUUCGGCUUUUUCUUUGAUCUUUCGAAUAAGAUCGGCAUGCAUCUCGUCAUAAGCUGCCGUGACGCCCAGGGCAAUGAAAAGCACUGA